AUGGAUACACAACCCGCCAAGCGGUCGCGCGCCAACUCAGCGGGCAACAGUCACGUCCGCACCCAAGAAGACGCACCCACUCUCCCAGGCGAAGACAAAACCACCCCCGUCGCGUCGACACCCAACAUCGACAUCCGCAAAGACAUCAAGUGCCUCGACGUAGAGACAAUUCAAACCAUCCUCAUCGCCGCCGCCAAUACAUACCCAGCCCUCAAGGCGGUCGUACAAUCCGCCAUCGAAAAGCGCCGCGAAAAGGAACAAAGCCGCAUCAUCUAUUUCGGCCACUACUCCAGCGCCAUCUGGAAGGAAAUCAACGUCCGAUACAGGGGCCUCGGCGGCGGGAAGCAGUGCGACCUGUCUGGGGACGUUUUUCACGGCAUCACGGCUGACCUGAAGCGCAUUGCGGAGCAGUGCGGGCCGAUGGCGAAUCCCAAGACGCGGUAUAACGGGCUGUCUGUGUUGCGGAAGAUCGGGAAGACGAUCUGUCUCUCGAGUACUGAUGUCCCUGGGCAUGAGGUGCAGCAGUGGUUUGGGUGGGAUACGACACUGGAGGACUGCAUGCUUAAGAUUGUUUCUGCGAUGAGUCCGAAGGAGAGGAGUGAUAUUACUGGGGAUGAUUCGAGUGACCAGGCGCUUUGGCCGAAGUUGGUUGAGUUGGAAGGACUUGCGGAGGAGCAUUAUGUGUUUAAGGGUUUUUCUAAAGUGAUGGAGUUGUUGCUGGAAGGGGGUGAGGUCCAGUAUGUGGACGAUGUUGACGGGGAGGAUGAGGAUGAGGACGACGACGAUGCUAUUCCUUCUUACGACGGAGGGUUCUUCGCCUCUAAAUAA